GGAGGGGGGGAGAGCCUGUACGUGUUUCCCUGUCAGAGAGAAACUGAACAGUGGGGAAGCUCAGGCUCGGGAUCCGCUACGUCAAACAGAUUAGUCAAAUAACCUCUCGGGGGGUAGGACAUACCUCCCCUCCUUGGGCUUGCCUGCCUGCAUGCAUGGGCUGAGGAAGCAACACUGACAUAUAGCCAGGAAACCCUCGCUUGGCUUGACGAUAAAACAGAAGUGCACUACUUUUCUUUUCUCUUUAAAAAAAAAAAAAAAAAAAUUUGGCAGACGACUGUAGUGAGCUCCUCCGGCGUCUCUCCUCUUGUUCCUCCUCCUCUCCCCCUCCCCACCCCGCUGCGAAAUGGCGAAAGAAAACGGCGAGUCCAGCGAUGGAUCUUGGAAAAAGCAUGUCGAUGAUAUCAAGAAGAUAUUUGACUUCAAGGAAGUCCUUGGGACCGGUGCGUUUUCCGAGGUGGUGAUGGCUCGGGAGAAGGUUACGGGAAAGAUGGUGGCAAUCAAGUGCAUCCCGAAAAAAGCGCUGAAGGGGAAGGAGACGAGCAUCGAGAAUGAAAUCGCCGUGCUUAGGAAGAUAAAGCAUGAGAAUAUUGUGGCUCUGGAGGACAUUUACGAGAGCUCAAACCACCUGUACCUCAUAAUGCAGCUGGUGUCUGGAGGUGAGCUGUUCGACCGCAUCGUAGAGAAGGGCUUCUACACAGAGAUGGAUGCCAGUCGGCUCAUUCGACAAGUUUUGGAUGCAGUCAACUACCUCCACUCCAUGGGAAUAGUCCACAGAGACCUAAAGCCUGAGAACCUGCUAUACUUCAGUCCUCACGAUGAAUCAAAGAUCAUGAUCAGUGACUUUGGCCUGUCAAAGAUGGAGGGAACAGGUGACGUAAUGGCCACCGCCUGUGGAACUCCAGGAUAUGUGGCUCCUGAGGUUUUAGCUCAAAAGCCCUACAGUAAAGCUGUGGACUGCUGGUCUAUCGGGGUCAUAGCUUAUAUUCUGCUUUGCGGUUACCCUCCUUUCUAUGACGAGAAUGACUCGAAGCUCUUUGAGCAGAUUCUCAAGGCAGACUAUGAGUUUGACGCACCGUAUUGGGACGACAUAUCAGACUCCGCCAAAGACUUCAUCAGCUGCCUAAUGGAGAAGGACCCAGAGAAGAGGUUCACAUGUGAUCAGGCUCUUGAGCACCCCUGGAUCGCUGGAGACACCGCUCUCUGCAAGAACAUACAUGAAUCCGUCAGUCGGCAGAUCCGGAAAAACUUUGCCAAAAGCAAAUGGAGGCAAGCCUUUAAUGCGACCGCUGUGAUCCGCCACAUGCGGCGCCUGCAGCUGGGCACCAGCUUUGGCGGCAGCAUCAACAGCUCCAACUCCGUGUCCAACCCUCAGAGCCGAACUCCAGCCAAAAGCCAGUCUGUGGACUGCGCCCCGCUCUCCCUGAAGGACUGUCCUCCAAUAGCUUCUUUGCCCUCUCCUGUUAAAGCGUUCAAUCAGGACUCUGAUGCCUCUUCUCCUGUACGGGAGGAACCACCGGUGGUUGCAGAGCCAUCGCGGCCCCGACCCUCCACUGUCACCGUCAUCCACACGGGGACUAAAUGACGCCAGGUUCCGCGGGAGGUGAGCUGGGAGACCACGGAGCUUUGAGACUUUUGGGAUUAAACCAUCCCAGGCCUCAUGAUUCAACGUCGUUGCCCAGUUCGCCCAUCCCGCCACCUCCCAUCUGUUUCUGCCACCUCGGGAGGAAUUUGAGGAGCGUUAGCUCAGCUCCAUUUACCAUGGCUCAGCACUUCCCACUGUCAUACAGACGUGGAAGUACAGUACAGAGGGGGAGAGGCUCAGAGUGUCUCCACACCAGAAGAUGUUUAUUGUGGAAGCCAUGUUCAGCCUGGAUCGUGGUUGUCUGGCAGACAAAUGCAGCUGUGUCUGGGAAGUGCCACACUAAAGGGAACUCUUUAUUGAAGCUGCUGUAAUUUUGACUGUGAACGUCUUGAGAUAUGGGACGCUCCGCUGUAAUGCCUUGUGUAAAUAUCCUACCUGGAACUGUUGAGUGGAGUGAUGUUAUGCAAGUGAAAUAUAAGCUUCAAGCUGUGGUAAAAUAAUCGUGACAUCAUCUGCACUCUGAACUUCUCGUCGUUUUGACAGCUCUUGUUAAUUUGCUGUGGUAUUUGCUACAAUGGUUCACAGGGUCGUAAAUCCCAACAGUAUGACCGUUAUGUGUUUUCUCUUUGCUUUAAGGUGUGUGGACUUGAAAUAUGAGCUGGACCAUGUGCUUUAGUCAUGGCUGUGAUUACUGAGAGGGCAGGUGCAUUGCACUAAUGUAUUGGAUUAUUUAUUUUCUUACAAUAUAUUAUGACUUUUGUAAGAAUACCACUUGCAAAAAUGUGUAAACGUGUAUUAGAUCGGACUGAAAAGCUAUUGCAUUGAAUGAUAAAGACACAGUAUAUAAUAAUUA